AGAGCGGUUUAGUCUUUCUCUUCUAUACCUGUCUCCUUCGCCUUGAAACUCGUUAGCCUUUCUUUGUGGAAAAUAGGAAAGGUCAUGGAUAACACCGUGGAAAAUUAGGCGCGAGGUUUGAUGGGGAAUUUGAAAAGAUCCUAUUAAUAAGCACGUAAAAACAAUCAAAAAUCAUCCAGUACACUGCACACUAAAUUUUCUACAUUUUAGACAUCUAUAUAACUUCGAGCAAGUAGGCUUUGCACUGUUUGUAGCAGACGAUAGCUUCUGCGGUCUUUGUGCGCGCGCCUCGAUUUCGAUUGGACCCUAAGCAUGGCUACCAUCGACGAAGCUGAGGCAAGCAGCAGAGCAACAAAAUGCAUCUGGAGCUACUGAAUAGGAAUCACACAUCCUGUUUAUCAGUUCUCAUGGAGCUGCGGUGGAUGAGGCUAGCAUUGAACGAACCGCCGGUGCAGCAGCUGUAGAGACGACAGGUUAUCGUGGACAGGGUUCAAAGUCAGCAUCAUGUUGUAAGCGAAUCCUCUACAUCCGCUGCUAGCCAUCGCCGUCAUUGUCCGUCCCGUGCAGCACGCGCGAAGGGCAAAGCGCAGCAAGGUAGCGGGUGCACACUCACUAGUUCACGGUCAGUUCAGCUGCUCACGCCCUUCAGCACGGCCAGUCUGCACGGUGACGUUUCCAAGAUUCAAGCGUGACGUCUCGGACUGGCUAAUGAGUCACCUGCCUCGACGUACUACGUCUACGGGGGUCACACACCCUUGCUAAGCGCUUCAACUAAGCGGCAACCGCUCGGUUGUAUUCAAUGAUGGUCCAGUCGAAGUGGACGAACCUGAUACUAAAUUAGCAGACUGUUCUCACUAAUCCGCACUCUACCUUCGGAUUAUAAGAAGAAAAAAAAAAAGCAAACAAACAACCGAAUCGUGUCUGCCUGCUGUUGGAAGUUUCGUUUACCACCUCGUCAUCAGCGUCGACGUCCCUAAACAUUCUUCUUUGAAACGGUGCCUAUGAUGAUGCAGGAUAAACACCUUUAAAAAAAAAGGGAGGGGCCAGAAUCGAAGAAACGCAACUGUUGGGUAGUUCAGUUUCUGUCCCGGAGAAGAGGUCGAAGGUCAGCAGAAUGCGUAUGCACCCACGUCGUGCCUUGCGGAUCGUAAUAGUGGUGGCCAUGGUGCUGUUUGCUCUGCUCAACAUGCAUCUCAUGCCCAGCUGGCCGGAGGGCGACCAAAACUACCGGGAGUACUCGGGGCUGGCCAGCAAGCAACUGCAUAGCGCGCACAUGCAGCUGGGCUGGUCGCCGGAAGUAGACGCCAACGGCGGGGACGUCAUCAGCCAGCUCGUCAGUCUGGCCAGGCCUCUUCACUCCCGGGUCGUUAUCAACGCCAGUGUGAAUAGUACUCACGUGGAGACUUACAGCGGACCUGAUCUGGAACUCAACAUCAGUGACAUAGAAUCAGUCAAGAAAGAAAUACUGCGCAUUAACCGGGAGCAGCCUGUCCUAAAUCUGAGCAAAUUUGGCCUGAUGCUGGUGUAGAAAGUGUUGUUAUAGUAGUGCAGGCUCACAACCGUGUGGAGCACCUCAGAAUUCUCUUUGACUCCCUGGCAAAGGUGCAGGGCAUUGAGAAGGUGCUGCUGAUCAUUUCCCAUGAUGUCUUCUCACACGAACUGAACAAGCUGGUCCAGGGUAUCACUUUCUGUCCGGUUCUUCAAAUAUUUUUCCCAUAUUCGCAACAAAUCUAUUCAGACAAGUUCCCAGGGGAAGACCCAAAUGACUGCCCUCGUGAUAUCAAGAAGGAAGUUGCUUUGGAAAGGAAGUGCAACAAUGCUGGAGCACCCAGACAAAUAUGGCCAUUAUCGGGAAGCAAAGUACUGCCAGAUUAAACACCACUGGAUAUGGAAGCUCCAGUUCGUGUUUGAACAAGUUCGACUGCUGGAUGGGUAUGAGGGCCAUGUGCUGCUGCUUGAAGAUGAUUAUUACUUAUUUCCAGACAGCCUUUCCUCCCUACAGUUGAUGCAAACAACUAGGAACAAAGACUGCCCUGAUUGUCAUAUGCUAGUACUUGGAAACUAUGAAAAAACUCAGAACUACAAUGCUGACAAUGGGAAGGCUGAGCGAGCUUACUGGAUCUCAUCCAAGCACAACCUGGGUAUGGCCUUUACCAGGUCACUGUGGAAUCAAAUAAAAAAAUGUGCUAAAGAAUUUUGUCAGUUUGAUGACUACAACUGGGACUGGACUCUCCAGCAUCUCAGCACGAACUGCAUUAGUGACAAGAUACGUAUCCUCAAGAUGAAGGCUACAAGGGUUUUCCAUAUUGGUGAAUGUGGAACACAUGUUAAGUCCAAGAAUUGUGAUCCCAUGGCCAAAGUUCAGCAGGUAGAAGCAACUCUAGACAGCAACAAGCAGCAUCUUUUUCCCAACACUGUUGUCAUUGAUGGAGAAUCUCGUUUUAAACUGCGUGAUCCAAAACCCAAUGGUGGGUGGGGUGACGUAAGGGACCAUGAUUUGUGCAAAAGUUUCUUCAAUUUAACAACAUCCCCAAUAAGCAGAUGAUAGAAACUUUUGCUCUGUCAAAACAAAAACAUUUAAAAACUCUCAAUUAAAAUGAGGGACAUUGUUUGCUAAGCAUCAGGUGUUGCUGUGUUGCCAAAAUUGCUAAUGUUGCUGGGGGUGAUCUGAAAGUCACUUGCUGCAAUGUCCACCUCACCUUUUUCAAAGAAAAAGUAUUAAACUUUGCAUGUGUUAAAGUGUACUACCUGAGUUUUUUUUUUUUUAAUCUUUUACAAAAGAUUAAAGUUAUCUCUCUUUAAAAUGUUGUUUGUGCAGUGAAACACAGACUUUUCUUGCAUAUUUAGCCAUGCUAUUCUAGUCAUGGCAUUUUGAACAUACUCUGUGCCAUCGAAGUUAUUGAUGGGAAUAAAGAUGAAUGAUUCGUAUUUGGAGAUAAAACAUCCUUAUGUGCAAAAAAUGUGAUUGCUUAGUGGGCAGCUUUAGUUUGCAAAGUACUGCUUUCAUGAUAAUUAUUCAUUUGAGAUGAAGAAGGGGGGGUGGUGGAAGCAGUUGGUUUUGUAAACCUCUACCUGCCCCUAUUUUUUUCAUGUCAGUAUCACUUCUUUCAAGCAGAAGUAUGGAGAGGGUGAUUAGAGUUAUGCAUAAGACAUUUAAGGAAAAAAUAUGUUUGUAUACCAAAAACAUCAGCUAAAAAUAUGUUCUGCCAUUUUUUGUGUUUUAUUUUUCUUGUGUUGUAAGCUGAUAUUAUUAGAAAGAUUUCACUUGAAAAGCAAAAAGAAAGGAAGAACUAAAAAUGGAUUUAAAUUUAACAUUGAAAUACCUACAAAAUUAUUUACUCAGACUUCUGACAUAUCCUAAACAAAGUUGAUUUCGGACACAUCUUGGGUAUGACAGAAAGGUAGUUGCUUUCCCGUUCUGUAGAUGUGGUUUUAUUAUCAAGUCUCAUGUAAAGUCGUACCUCUCAGCUGUGGCAUUUUUCUUUUGCAAAACAAAGUAAAAUGGCUCAGCAAAACCUCCACUCACUGUGAUGAAUAGCGUUCCAUGUAUGUAUGAAAAUUAAUUAUCCAUGGAGCUCAUAUGCAUAAUCAUCUUUUUUUAGGUAUGAAUAUUUGAAUGUAAUUGAAGUAAGGCACAAAGCUAACCUCAGUGCAUUUCUUAUAGACUGUGUAAACAGUUAAGAGGACAUGGUAUGGUAAACGAGGCUUUGUAUUAGGAAGAAACAAUCUGGCCUGCUUUUUUUUCCCCAAAGUUAGAGUAUGCUGGAGGUAAGUUGGAAAUUAUUGUUGGUGCCUUUCCUGCCAAAGUUAGCUUUAUGCUUUCCUUCCAAAAAAUCUGUAUGCCUGUUUUCUGCAGAUGUAAAGUAUGAAUGUAGGUCAUUCUAUAAGUCAUCUGUUCCAGCAUUCUGUCUUUUGACGAAGUAUGGUUUGUAUUAACAGCUAUUGUAAGAAAAGUUGGUGACCGCUGGAACAUAUCAGCAUCAUGCAAAGGCUAGAAAUUGCUAGAUUGGAGUGGAUAUUGUAGUAAAGGGAUUUGUUAGUACAGCAUAUGUUUAUUCUGACACUGGUGUCACCAGAGACUGUUAUCAGAAUGGAAUUAGACUGGUGCACUUGAGUUUCUUGUCAUAGAGUUUGCUACAUAUCCAUGCUGUUUUAUGUCAGUACUCAGUAUCCAUAUCCUUCAGAUGUGUGCCGAAGCUUCCAUUUUUUGUUUUGAUUUCGAUAGGGAUGCUAAAUAUAUGGAUUAUGUAAGAAGUGUGACUGUCCUCUCAUUUGUCUGGGAGUCCGGUGGUACAAUGGUUAGCGCUUGUCACUAAUACAGUGAGGAUUGGCUGUCCUGGAUGAAGAUCUCAUCUCAGACAAACUGCUCUUUCUCUGAAUGUGGCCUCUGUACAAGGCUGGCUACUUUGCCAUGAUAUAGCCUUAGUUGCUGGCUUGGCAUAAAACACAAAUUGCUCACCACUCUCAUUUGUCCUUUUCUUUAUGAGCUUUGGAACAACACAGCGGGUGUGGGUGUGGGUUCCUGCAUUUGAGAGAAUGAGUGUGUGACACUAUAACCACUGUUUAUUUUUGUUGGGGACAAAUAAUAAUAUGUAAUUUUCUAAAAAUUCAUACAUAAGUUUUUUUUUUUAAUGAAGGUGUUACCUGCUGGCAGUUUAGGAUUAUCUGGUUGGUUUGUUUUUUUUAAAGAUGUAGAUUUGCCAUAUAUUUUUGUACAUUUGCCAUUGUGCCACAUAAGGUUAUAAGUUUCCAAGAAAUGCAUUAAUUUUUUAGUCCUAUCACUUUAAUUAUAAUAAUUGUCAUUAAUUUAUAAGAAAUAAAAGGCAGGAAUUCUGUUGGUAUAGGUUAGCUUAAUUAGUGUUUUCAAUUAUUAUUAUUGCUUUUAUGGAAUUAAAAGAAAAAUCUGUAAGGGAUAGAGUUUAAUCUGAGUCAUUGUAAGGUGUCAGAAGAAAAUUUAAAAAGUCAUUCGCUUUGUUAAAGCUUUUCCCGCAAGACAGGAAAUUCAGGAAUUUUGUACAAGGAAACGUUGAAAGAGACAUGUUAAUGCAGCCAUGUACCUCAAUAAAGCCCUGAGCAUUUCCUCAGUGUAUCAAAUAUGUUCUGUGAUCAACAAAUUAAACUAAUGAAUAAAACAUGUUUGAUGAGAGUAAAACUGAUAUUAAGCAAAGCUUCAGCAUUGGCAGCAGUCUGAGAAAAGGAUGUAAAAUAGUAGGAGAUUAUAGGAGGAGGAUUUAAGUAUUGUCCAAGAAUAAAUAGAUCAUUGAAGGAAGUAUUUUUGUUUGGCAUAAUUUUCUGGGUUUUUUUAUGUGUAUUGCUUUAGACAGAAAAUGCCUCAGAUGCCAACUCUGCUUUAAUGGCAUUCUGUGUCUUUUACUUGUAAUUAAUCAUUGAAAAACGAACGGCACACUGCAUUGAAUGAUGCAGGCUCAAUCGCCUGCUGGAUGUAUAUUUCCCACUAAUGUGGAUGCUUAUAUACUCUAGUUAGUAAAAUUUAUGAUAUUUGUAUACAUUUAACCUUGUUCCUCCUUUUGCUGCUAAUGUUGAUUAUGGUGUACAUAAAUGUGUUCAUAUACUCAGAUGUUGGAAACAUUUAAUGUACUUAAUAUAAUAACUUGCCAGAGAGAAGUUGUAAUCACAGCUGAAUGCCAUUGACUGUGUUGGUACGAGCUUAGAUGUAUCAAAAGGAAUGACUGUGACAUGGUAGGGGUUCUUCAUGCUGCAUAUUUACACUGCAGCUUCAGUAGAUAGCAGAUGGAGAUACCUGGUGGCUUUUAUUGUCCCUCAGGCAUAUUUAGUAACAUAGCUAUUUUGUAUAUAUAUAUACACACAGAGCGCAUAUUUAAAUACACAUAGAGUACACACAAACAGAAAAUACUUGAUGACUGUAUCAGUAUUUCUUAAGAACACAAAGCCAGUGUGAACGCUAGUGACACAUAAGCACACAUAAGCAUUAAAAGGCUAGACAAGAGGAAAUUAUGUGCAUCUUUUGAUUUGGUAGAUUCUUAAAUAAGUGACUUUCUAAAUGUUUUAUCAGAUUUGUUUUAUUGUCAUUUAAGAUUUGUAAUACAAAUGUUAUACCAUCUACAGUGAAGUCUCAUUUUCCACACUUUUAGAGUCCAGUUUCUUGCUGCAGCAUGUGCUGGUUUUUUUUUUUAAUACUUUAAUUCUAACUUGCUGUUAAACUACUGGCUUCUGCUAUUACAAAUUGGGUUCCAAAAUUGGACUUUUUUUUUUUAAAAUCAGAUUUUAUGCUGACAUAGUGGAUGCUCAUGUAGACAGCAUUCUAAAUAGCAUCUUCAAAAUUUUGAAGAAAAAAAAAUGCAGCAAAUAAGACUUUCCUCAUCAUGGGCAGUGUUGUGACAUCACUCACACCUGUAACUUUUGCCUCAGUUCUGGCUCUUUUACUUCCCACCUCUCAGUGAAUAAGCUCAAGUUUUAUAUUAUUCAUUAGUUAGUUAUGUCACCCAUUUAUUUUAUAUUAUUUCAACUUUGUUGUAAGUAGGAAUUUUUUUCAUAAAAAUAAUGGAAAUAUUUUUUUGCUGUCCAUGCAUUUAUAUUCAAACUAUUUUCAGGAAUGUACAUUUGGAGAGCAAGUUUUUGACUGUGUAUAUAUGUGUAUGUAAAAUUUCACCCUUGAGUGGGACCUGUUGAAAAAGCUGUGGACAGAAAUAAGAUUGACAUGUGCCAUAGGACACAUAAUUUUAAAAAAAUUUUGUUGCAGAAUGUGAUAGCAUGAAAUUGGGAGUAUUGCAGUGUAAUAACGAUCAUAAGAUUUCUAUACUAGAUUUCAUCCUUUUGUCAUUUUUUUAAGCUUCGUAUAUUAUUAAAACUUCAUGAUUUGUUUAAUCAAGAGAAGCCCAACAGGGAAUAUGUUGCAUUACAGUAUGUCACCUCCUUUAUUAAAGUCAGCCUUUAUGGCAUGAUCACAACAUAAGUGUUGAUGAGGGAGGUGAAAAUAUUAAUGAGGGUGCUUGCAUGAGAUCUGACACAUUUCUUGUGGGUGUUUGUGAUAACUGGUGUGCUGUAGAAGUGAUUGAAUGUAUUUCCUGGGAGAACCUGUUUUGACAUCUGUGUAUUGAUGAUAUAUACCACUGAACACAAGAAUGCCCAAACUAUCUGCGUGCAUACUUCAGAGCAUUUUGUGUAACUUUUUUCCUAACAGGCAGUGUGUUAUUGCUUUGUGUCUGCGUGGCGUACGAGGGGCUUUGACACUUUUUUUUAACUUCUAUUUUGAUGCUCAUUUCCUCUUGAGAUUUAAGGCAUCGGGAAACGAGAUCUAGCUUUGUUACAUCUUUUCCAGCCUAUUAUCAUGUUUGGACUUGUGUAUUAUUAAGAUGGUCAUGAUUUUGAGGAGAUGGUCCAGGUUUGUGCAAUUAAUUUUACUCAAUGAAUUUUAUUAGGCAUAACAUUUCUGAAGUAUUUUAAGAGGGGUACAUGUUUCAGCUUUUCACAGAAGGGUAAAGGUGUGAGGCCAUUUCUAUCUGGCAUGCUCAGAGUUUUUCUUGUAAAAAUGCACCUCAGGACUACAAAGAGUAUAAGAGAUCUCAUUCCCUUUAUGUGGAAAGGUAAGGGGAUUGUCCAUAUACUUUAUAUGAACUCUUUAAUGUUGGCAAAACUAGUAAUUUAGGAACAAAUAUUUGUUGCAGUCUAUGAGCUUAAAUGUCAUUUGUAGGGAAUGAUUUAUUUUAGAGGAAUGCUCUGCAAUAACAUGCAGUUAGAACACUCAGCUUCAGACUGAGAGAUCACUGGCUUGAAGCUCACUUGGGCUAUUGAAUAGUAAUUUCCCUUUCUCAUCGUGUCUUGAAUGGGCUACCUAAUCUUUCAGGGAAGAAAAAAGGUGUAAAAAGCCACACCAGAAACAAGGUGAACCAUUUCAUUUUACCACUAGUAAGCCAUGCCAGAAACAAGAUGAACCAGUGACAUUUUACCACUAGUUUCAUUAUCCUUAUUACUUUAAAGAACACACAUUGAAGAAAAUUAGAUUAAAUCUCCAAGGAAAAGUAACAAAAUUUGGGGAGCAGGAUGUUCAUGCCAGUUUUGCUGAUGUUGUAUAAAUUUAACAUUUCAUAUCAUGGCGAUUAGAAUAACAUUUUACUGUACACAGCUGUGUUGUGACUGUUGUAUGUUUGCCAGGUUGUUUUGUAAGAGGGAAAAUGCAAUAAAUAAUGUUUAACAUAA